AUGAGUCCUCUGUAUGACCUGUCGUCCCCAUCUGUGACGAGGCCUGCAAUGGCAGAGUCAUCAGGGAACUUCUGCAGGGGGCAGGUGGCUAUAAAAGCUGCCGUGCUGAUUCAGCGAUGGUACCGUCAGUAUGUCGCCCGCACAGAGAUGAGACGGAGGUACACGUGGCACAUCUUUCAGUCCAUAGAAUACUCCGGAGAGCAGGCUCAGAUAAAGCUUUAUAAUUUCCUUGGCUAUCUCAUGGACAAUUUCACCCCAUCAAGCAAUGAACGAAACUUGAUCUCACACAUCUUCCGCGAGAACGAGGUUUGCCGGGACGCAGAGUGGGAGAGAUACUUCUGCUACAAGAACAUUGAGGUGCCAGAGAUCUACUCUGGACCACAUCUGACCUUCCCCCUGACAGUGGACCAGGCAGUCGGACUGGUGGACGCCUUCAGGAACAAGAAACAGUUGCACUCACGUUACGUCCUCCAGCUCCUCCUUGAGACAUGGAAACGGCUCCGCUCGUUGCCUAACAUCAACCGUGUCGCCACCUGCCAAAGCAAAGAAAUCUGCAUUUGUGGGGAUUUGCAUGGCCAACUGGAGGACCUACUGCUGAUUUUUUACAAGAAUGGCAUGCCUUCCUGUGAGAAACCUUAUGUGUUUAACGGCGACUUUGUAGACCGAGGCAAGGACUCCAUCGAGAUCCUCAUCAUCCUGUUUGCAUUCCUGCUUGUCUACCCAGGGGAAGUCUUCCUCAAUAGAGGAAACCAUGAGGAUCAUAUAGUCAACCUGAGGUACGGCUUCACAAAGGAAGUGUUGUCUAAAUAUAAGAUGUACGGUAAACGCAUCCUGAAGCUGUUGCAGAAGAUUUUCAGCUGGUUGCCCUUAGCCACUGUGAUUGACCAGAAAGUACUUGUGCUCCACGGGGGAAUAGCCGACACCACAGACCUCGGCGUGCUCGCCAGAGUAGACAGACACAUUUAUGUUUCAGCGCUAAGGCCGCCGAAGAGGAAAAGCCAAAGCCACUCAGUGAGGUCCAUUGACUCGGACAUAGAUGAAGACAUCUGGUCCUCCAACAGGCUCAUCCAGCGUCGGAUCUCUCUCACGCACCCCAAACCCCUCGGAACCCGUGACAGCUUCCACAACCGCUCUCUGCAGGACUUCUCAGACCGGAUUAAAGCGGUGGACGAGCUGGAAAUGUGCAGGAGAAAACACACACUCUUUAGCCCGGGGAUGCAUAGAUCAGAGAAAAACGUGACUUCACCUGAGUUCACUCCAUCUGGGUCCACGGACUCUGUCAACAGUGACACUGCCAAGGACGAGUGGAAACAGAUCCUGGACCUGCUGUGGAGUGACCCGAUGACCACAGACGGCUGCAUACCUAACGAGGUGCGGGGUGGAGGCUGUUACUGGGGUCCUGACAUCACUGAAGAAUUCCUGAACAGACACAACCUGCAGCUCCUGAUCCGCUCUCAUGAGUGCAAACAGGAGGGCUAUGAGUUCUGCCACAACCGUAAGGUCCUCACUCUGUUCUCUGCCUCCAAUUACUAUGAUGUGGGGAGCAACAGGGGGGCCUAUGUGAAGCUGGGUCCAGACCUUGUGCCUUAUGUGGUUCAGUACCAGGCAAGCAGCAUGACCAGAGAGCUCACUGUGAGACAAAGUGUUGGACGAACCGAACGCUCGGCCCUCAAAGUCUUACGAGAGCAGCUGUUUUCGCACAAAUCUGACCUCAUCUGUGCCUUCAAGCAGUACGACAGCGAGAACACAGGUCUUGUGUCUUUGAAUGACUGGGCCUCUGCGGUGGAAAGCGUGAUGUUCCUUGGUUUACCUUGGAGGAUGCUGCGCAGUCAGCUCGUCACCUGCAAGUCCAGCGACGGCAUGAUCAACUACAACGAGUGGUUCAAUGAGCUCGCAAUCCAAGGCACCAACACAGACCACAUCGACCAGGGUCUGCUUGAGAUGUUGUAUCGCCACCGUGCUACCUUGGAGACAAUCUUCAGAAUCGUAGAUACAGACAACUCAGGCUUCAUCUCCAUGGAGGACUUCCGCCAGACCUGGAAGCUGCUGAGCGUCUACCUAAAGAUGGAGAUCACAGAUGAGGCCAUCUCUGACCUUGCAGUCACCAUCGACAGCAACCACGAUGGCAGCAUAGACAUUGAUGAGUUCAUGGAGGCUUUCCGCCUCACAGACAAGAAGAGCAGGCUGGAGCGAGGGCGAAGCAUGUUCAUGGGCACUGCGACAGACCUCACAAAGCUGGAGGGAGACCCCAACAUUUAA